AUGUCCACUGUCUCAUUCAGCAGUAAGUACAGCAACACCCCGAUGUCUUCUUCAACGCAUACUUACGCAUCCGCCCAGUUCCGAUCCUGAGCAUCCCGCUCUACUACAUCCUCGCCGCCUUCCCUCAUGGCUGGGCCGUCGUCAAGGCCAGCAAAGGCGACUUGAAGCAGCACGAUAACCGCAACCCCAAAGCGACAUCCUAUACCGAGAAUCUCAAGAAGCGCCUGUCAGCCAGAGAAUUUGCCGCCUUUGAGCGUGCCGAAUCAUGCCAUCGCAACCAUCUUGAGAACAUGCCGCUCUUCGUCGCCACCAUCUUUGCUGGUAUUCUUGCCGAGUCCAGAGUUGGUGAAGAUGGCAUUGGUCUCAGCAAUUUCGCCGUCGGUUGGAUGUUCAUUCGAAUCUUGUAUACGGCCAACUACUUGACCACCGAAACCCGGGCAUGGAGUCACGCGCGCAGUGUUCUGUACUUCGCUGGCACCAUCUGGUCGUUCGUCAUCUUGGGCAGGGCAGCUUGGGUUCUGGGCAACUAA